CAACAACAGUUUCAACAUCAUGGGGGCUACCAUCUCCACUUGCUGGGGCAAUCUCCCUCCCCUGAUGGACAUUCUUCUUCCGACUCCAGAUGUCUAUCUCACCCUGCUGAACAUCUUCCAAUACUUUCCGUUGUUCACCAUCCUCCAGUGGCUCACAGCCUGGCACCCAGCCGGCAAGACCUCCAUGAAAGCCUCUAUCUUCAACCUGCCCGGCCGCUGGGCCUGGUGCGCUAUGGAGAUCGUCAGCCCCAUCAACCUCAUCUACAUCCUGUGGAAACUGCCCGCGAAGCUCCAGCUCCACGGCACUUCCCCUUCGUCCUUCGCCCUCCCCCUCCCUAACAAGAUUGUCGCUGCCCUGUUUGUCCUGCACUACCUCAACCGCGCCAUCAUCUCUCCCUUCUUCGCCGCCCCCAGCAUGUCCCCCAUCCACGUCUUCAUCAUGACAUCCGCCAUGCUGUUUAACUGGUUCAACUCCACCUGCCUCGCCGGCUGGCUUGUAGGCUUUGAGAUCCCCGUCCAGCCCGAGAAUGCUGGUUCUGUCAGCACCACUGCUGCUGCUGCUGCUGCUGCUGCUGCGGCUGGUGGUCAGCCGACCCCAUUCCUCACAGUCUCAACCGCCCUAGGUCUCGCCCUGUUCUUCGCUGGCAUGGCCGGGAAUAUCUACGCUGAACGCACUCUCUUUCGCCUUCGGCGCGAGGAGGCUGCGAGGCGGGCGGCACAACCCAAAUCGGAUGCAGAUACCCCUGCAAGAUCGACAUCGACAUCGACCGAAAAAGUCUACAUCAUUCCCCCGCCCUCUACCCCCUUGUUCUCAUCAAUCCUCUACCCCCACUAUGUCAGUGAGUGGAUCGAAUGGGCGGGUUUCGCUCUCGUUGGGACGGCUGUGGUGCAGUCGGGUGCUACUGCUGCUACCGUGCUGGGUUUGCGGGCCGGUGCUGGUGCUGGUGCUGGUAUUGGCAUUGGUGCUGCCAGCGGUAGCAUCACCCCCCUCCACCUCGCCCCCUGGCUCCGCCCCGCUGCACACCUCGCUGCAUGGCUGAGGCAGCCGUUCCCCGUGCCGGCGGUGGUGUUUGUGAUAAAUGCCGUCACGAAUAUGUUGCCGCAUGCGCGGUGGGGGAGGAAGUGGUAUGUUGAGAAAUUCGGGGAGAAGCCCUUGGCGGGGAGGGGAGCUGUGGUGCCGUAUUGUACUUGGCUUUGAGUCGAGGGUUGAGUUCAGCUUUAGCUUUAGCUUUAGGUCAGGUUAGCAUUGGAGCUUGGGAGUGG